AUGAAGUUAUUGAAUGGUGGAAAUCUACAAAAACAUAGAGGAGUGAUUUUGAAGCUUGAUUUUGAGAAGGCUUAUGACUCAAUAAACUGGAAUUUUUUGUUCUUAAUGUUGUCCAAUUUCGGAUUUGGGAAGAAAUGGCUUGGCUGGAUUAAGGAGUGUUUAUCUUCAUCUAGGAUUUCAGUUCUGCAAAUGAAGUUAUUGAAUGGUGGAAAUCUACAAAAACAUAGAGGAGUGAUUUUGAAGCUUGAUUUUGAGAAGGCUUAUGACUCAAUAAACUGGAAUUUUUUGUUCUUAAUGUUGUCCAAUUUCGGAUUUGGGAAGAAAUGGCUUGGCUGGAUUAAGGAGUGUUUAUCUUCAUCUAGGAUUUCAGUUCUGUUCGCCGAUGACAUAAUCAUUUUCUAUGAAGCUGAUUCAGAGGAGAUAUUUUCGAUUAAAAGGAAUUCACAAGGUGCCUAUGUGUACUUUGGCAUACCCUUGGGGCCUAAUCCAAGAAGACAGUCAACUUGGCAACUAGUAAUUGAUAAAGUAAGGAAAACGUUGUCUUUGUGGAAAAGGAAGUUGUUGUCUUUCGCAGUGGAUAUAGUGAAGUCAAGGAUAGCUUUUCGGGGAAAGAGCAAUAUUGCAGGGGUGCAGUACUCAGUUCAAGACCUAGUGAUUAACUUGAAUAAGUUGUUGCUGCUGUUUGUUGAUGAUUAG